AUGAAUUAUAUACUUUUAUUAAUAUUAGGAAUUUCUUCAAUUGUUAAAUGCUCCAGCGAAGAUGAUUCUUCUGGAGCUCGACUUUUAGUCUCCAAACAAAUUCUUAAUAAAUAUUUGGUUGAAGACAUGGACAUAUUAUUAAAGUAUACUUUGUACAAUGUUGGAAAAAAUGCAGCUAUAAAUGUUGUAUUGAGUGAUCAAAGUUUUCAUCCAGAAAGUUUUGUAUUGAUGGGAGGACAACUCAGCGUAAAAAUUGAUCGUAUACCUCCUGGAACAAAUGCUACCCAUGUAGCAGUCAUUAGAUCAACUAAAUAUGGAUACUAUAAUUUCACCGCAGCUGAAGUAAGUUACAAGGUAUCGGAAGAAGGUGCUCUUCAAUAUGCUGUCACAAGUGAACCUGGAGAAGGACUCAUUGUAGCAUUUAGAGAUUAUGACAAGAAAUUUUCAUCACAUGUUCUUGAUUGGAUUGCAUUUGCUAUAAUGACACUUCCCUCAUUGGUAAUUCCAUUCGUGUUGUGGUAUUCAAGCAAAUCAAAAUACGAACAAUUAUCAACUAAAAGAAAAUGA